UCCCGCAUCAGCUGCAAAUUUAUGCAAAACACUGAAGCACCAACCGUUUAUGCUACGAUCCGUCCCGUGGAGCUAAAACCCCCGCAACACCAGGCCCUAUCCCGCGGAACGGAGACCCGAGCGGAGGCGGAACCGUGGAGAGGGAGCCCCCGGACCGCCCCGACGCGAGGAGAGGAGCCCCAACGUCGCCAUGGAGACGGACGGGGACCAGCAGAGGGCCUCAACAAAUGGGAGCGCAGCGUCAGGCACAAGCUCACGCCCCUCUGCUAUGAACUCCAUGAGUCUGUAUGAGAGGCAGGCCGUACAGGCUCUCCAGGCUUUACAACGACAGCCCAACGCAGCGCAGUAUUUCCAGCAGCUCAUGCUCCAACAGCAAAUCAACAACGCACAGCUACAGAACCUGGCAGCCGUGCAGCAGGUGAAGGCCACUUUAGCUGCGAGUCGCCAGUCAAGUCCGUCCAGCAGCAGUGCCACUCAGACCACCAGCACCACAUCUGCCAGUGCCACUUCUGGAUCUAGCUCCGCCCCCAGCAGCAGUCGACCAAUCAACGCCUCCACAGCUUCCACCAUCAGCCAAUCAGUGCUGUUCAGUGGAGCGGCUGGAGGACAAGGGCAAAUGUACUUAAGGGUGAACAGGUCGCUGCGUACACCCAUCUCCCCUCAGCUCAUCUUCAUGCCCAGCUCCACGGCAACCGCUGCUGUGGCAACUGUCACCCAGCAACCGCCGCCUCAGCAACAGAACCAGGAAGUAAACGCAUCCGGCGGUGCACAAGACAAUGAGCAGGCUCAAAAUUUAGCCAUCCGAAGUACACCUACUCCAAAAACUGUUGGAGUCAAGACUGAAGCACCGGACAGGAGUGACUCUGCUCCCUUUUCCCUGGUGCAGCCGUCCCACCAGUCGACCCCCCAGUCCCCAUCCAAACCUGUUCAGUCCCACAUAAAGAUCCCCACCUACCCCGCUCCAAACAGCCUCAAAGCCCAGACUGCCUCCUCCUCUUCGGGCUCCUCCUCCACCUCCUCCAUCCCCCUGUCCCAGCUCCUGCUCCACGGCCCCAGGACCCUCACCUCCUCUGCCCCCACUGCGGCUCACAUCCUGGUCCAGACCUCCACCUCUCAAACCCACGGCUACACCGCCACUAUCAAACCAGCCGUCAACGCCCAAACGCUGGUGGUGCAGCCACUACAGAAGAGCUCCCUCGGUGCGGAGAAGUCGGGUGAUGGGCCCCACCUUCUCUCCGCUCAGCUCCACUCCCGUCAGCCACUACAGAAAGGUGCUUUGGGUUCGGAUAAAUCUGGCAACGGUCCUGUCCCAAUCCAACCCAAGACCUUGCAGGGACUGAGACUCCCGCUGCAACUACCCACCCGCAAUCCUCCCCCAAUCCUACCGGCUCCACCCACCUCCACAAGCUCCUCCCACCAGACCCCUCACAUCCCCGUCCAAAUCGUAGGAGCACGACCUAGCACUUUAGGCAACACCCAGGCAUUAGCUCUGGCCAGAAACAACUGCAACCAAGACGGGUCAUCAGUUUUGAGUAGCUCCUCUAGCUUGUUGACGAUGGUAGCGUCGAUAGCAUCCAGAGAAAGCGGAGUGGUGGGACGAGGGGUGGGACUAAAGACACUCCAGUCCCCAAACGAGGCUCCCCCAUUAGCCCAGGUGUCGCAGGUGCAUCCGCAGACCAAUCAGAGCGCGGGACAGAAUGGACAUGUGACCCCAAGUCCCACCCCUGCCUCACAGAAGUGUAACUCGUCUCCAUCGUCACGGUUGUCAGGGACCGCGGACGAUCAACGAGCAGUGACCAAUGGGGAGUCAGCGAGAAGCAAUGCAACACAGGGAAAGCAGUUGGCCAGUUCCCUCAAAAGAAAAUCUGACUCUAAUUCAGCUCAUGAUGAAGAUGGACCCUCCCCUCCACGACUCCAGCCAAUCAGAGACCACAACUCGACACUCCCAACCAAUCAGAAUGAAACAGCCUCCGCCUCCCCCCCUCGCCCCUCCUCUGUGUCCCCCGUCCUGUCGGUGUCUCGCGGUUCUGUCCAAUCAGAGCGCGGCCCUCCUCCUCAGGCUGUGGUCAAACCCAACGUCCUCACGCACCUCAUCGAAGGCUUCGUCAUCCAGGAGGGAGCGGAGCCUUUCCCUGUGAGUGAGGUGUGUGGGCCAGUGAAAGACUCUUCGGGGGAGGAGCUUGUUAAUGACAGUCUUGAAAACAACCAAUCAGAAACUCCGGCACCAGUGCUGAAGUGUGAAUACUGUAAGAACUUUGCCCCUGAGAGUCAGUUCAGAGGCACCAAGCGCUUCUGCUCCAUGUCCUGUGCAAAGAGUAUGUACUGGUUCCCCAGGUACAACGUCAGCUUCAGGCAGCCCUUCUCCAGACAGAGCCACACCCAAAAUCAGGACCGGACCAAGGACCAGGACCGAGACCGGGAUCGAGACCGGAACCGGGAUCGUGAUCGGGGAGAGAGGUCUAACUCGGAGGACGAGAGGGGAACAGUCCGGAGGAGGGUCCCGAGGAGAACCAGCUCUGAAAUCGCCAGUGCCAAGAUCGCAGGACGAGCCGCACAAGACAAGUGUGGGUCUGAAUCCAGCCGGUCAGAGGAGGAAUCCAGUGCAGAGGAGGAUGAAGACGACCCCAUGUCCCUCUCCCCCGCUUCCUCCGCUUCCUGUCAUCAACCCCCGCCCCCUCUUCCACAGGCCCCACCCCCUCAGCCACAGGCCCCUCCCCCUGCCCAGAAUCAGCCAUCCCCGCCCACCUGCCCCUUGUCCAGUCCUGCACAGUGGAGCGUCCAAGAAGUCUCACAGUUCAUCUCUUCACUGCAAGGUUGUGAGGAUCUAGCGUCUCAGUUCCUCUCUCAGGAGAUUGAUGGACAGGCUCUGCUGCUGCUGAAGGAGGAGCACCUCAUGUCCACUAUGAACAUGAAACUGGGCCCAGCUCUGAAGAUCUGCGCCCACAUCAACAACCUGAGAGACUGAAGCUACUCAAACCACACUCCCAAACACAGGUGGGACAGGGGCCGAGAGAAGUAUUCCUCAUCAUCAGUACUGGCAUGAGGAAGUCUGGGGAAGUUAUUACACAACUCAGCCUUUUAUUUAUGUUUUUUUUUUUUUUUUUUUUAACUUACUUGAGAGACUGAAUUAUCACCAAAUAAAACCAGUCAACCCAUACAUGAAGAGACAGGUGGGAGAGAGUGCAUAGAAAAAGUAAGUAGUAAUCCUGGUCAAUAUUGGCACAAUUGUUUUGGAAGUAAUUUCACAGCUCAACUUUUUAGUUAUGUUUUUUGUGUUAUUUUGUUUGAUUUUUAUCAGCUAUUAGAUGUCACUCAAAGACACAGGGGUGAGAGAGUCCAUAGAAAACGUUAAAAGUGAAGUAUUUCAGGUCAAUAUUGACACCAUUUGUGGGACGUUGAUUCACAGUUCAGCCUUUUAUUUAUGUUUUUGUUUUACUUUGAUUAAUUCGCUGUUCACUAAUUAGUUAUCUUCAUGUUAAACUCAUUUACCAACAGUGUUUUGAGAAGUCCCUCCAUAGCUCAACAUUUUUAUUUAUUUAUUAUUUUGUAGUUACAGCCUCAGAGACUGAAACGUCACCAAAAACAUUAAUCCAUGUGUUCGUGUGUUCAAUAGAAAGAAGUAUUGCAGUUAAUAAAUGAGAAUAAGCUGCCCCAGCUUCAUUUCGUUCAUAAUAUUUGAAACUACCAUGUGUCUGAAGUAUUUUGAUAUGAAAGCUGCACAUAGUUCUCAGUUUCACCAGUUAUGAGCCAUAGUGUUUUAUAAGCUAAAUCACGUUUAAGCUUCUGUCCAUUAUAAGCCGAGUUGAAUAUUUUGUAAAUGUUGUUAGUUAAAGCUACCAUUUGUAAUUAGAUUGGCUGACACACCCCUGUUGUAUUCUCACACAACACCACUAGAUGCUAUGCGAUGUCUACUGGUAAAAAACUCUUAAUAAGCUUUCAGAUGGUAGCUUUAAUGGCACAUGUUUUCAUAUAGUGAAGUUUGGGAGGAGCAAGAGAAGAAUCUGUGUACUGCUUUAUAAUCUUUAUUUAUUUCUCUUUAUUUAUACAAGGGGACCCAAUGAGAGCACUUGGGCUCUCAUUUUCAGGGGGACUCUGUUUAAAAUACAAUAGAAGCAGAAAAACAAACAAAACAAACAAGUAUACAAGUCCAUUUAAAACAUUAAAAACAGGAGCAGGUGUGCGGAUAAACGUUUGCUCUCUGAUUAUUAGAUUGUGAUUGUGUCACUAAUGUGUCCAGUUUAGCUUUUCCUUGGAGUGUGUACCCUUUUUGUGAUGCAAAACAGCUAAAAGUCUCUUUCCCGUAGUUGUAGUAUAUUGAUCCGAGACUUUAGUCAUCAUUUUAAUCCAUUUGUCAUUUAAUAUAUUUGUAGAUAAUAUAAAAUUUAUAAAGGAAAAAAAGUUUUUUGUAUUCUUCAUACAACAGAAUUUUAUCUUUCCCAAAUAAGUUGUGUUUGUUUUGCUCAAAUUGUCAAACUAUAGUAUUACAGUAUUGGUGGAUUUGUACAUGUUGGGUAUAAUUUGGAUGUAGAAUGUGGAAUACUCCAUGAUAUAGUAAUAAACACAUCUGGAGGACACUGGAAAAGUUACAUAAUGCAACUUUAAUUUCAAAACAAAGUAUUUUCUGUACAUGGACUCGUAUAGUGAGGUGCUCUGUCUGAACACAGCCAAUCAAAGCAUUACUUGCAGUACACUGAUUCUGUCCUCUGCAAACUGGGCGUGUGCUGGGAGAGUUCACUGUCGCCUUUUGACGACCGUUUACAAAAUACUUAAAUUUCAGAACCUAGAUUAAUCUAUCUACUCUAACUGGUUAUUUAAAAGCUUCAUCAAAGCUGUGCUUUAUUUUAAAUCUUCCCUUCUCCUGCCUUUUGUUCCUAGCACACAUACCCCGCCUAAAGCAUUUGAAACAACACUCCACUUAGCAUUUAGUUUGCACUUUUAUUUUGAAUAUCCUAUUUAAUUUUGCCUACAUUAACAGGGUACAGGGGGAGAACAGGGUAAUGGCUUUGUUCAAGCCACCCAGAAACAAUCCAGUCCAGAGAGUCAAGAGGGUUAAAUAAUACUAAAGACAUCAUCAUUUUCAAGACACAUUUCCGUUAAGUUUGAAAUAUGUUCAAUUGUAUUUAUGUAAUCAUGUUUAAAUGGCUGCUUGUCUCUGUUGAGUUUGUUUUGAUGAAGUGAGUAAAAAUGUAGUUACAUGAAGGGAAUUAUACUUAUUUGAAAACAUGUUUAGCUGCCUUUUAUAAUGUUCUUUGUGGCAGCCUUAUGUGGACCUAUGGGUUUACUAUGAGGUGUGUUCAGAAGGUAACGAUACUGACAUUUUAACACUAAAUAUCCUUAUUAAUAUCAUUAUUAGGCUUGUAUCUUGCUCUGGACUCUGGACCUUGCUCCCAUGGUGGGUAAAUGAACGAAAAUACCCGCUCAAAAAGUCUAAGAAAAUAUUUGACUUCCCAAGUACCAUCAGAUAUAAACAAGUUUAAUCUGACCCUGUGAAGUACAGAAUUUCAAAAACAGUAACUACCCAUCUCCAAACUAAAAUAAUGAGUAAGUAAUAACAUUCCAAACAGGAAGUAAGCAUGUGCGCACUUCCUGCUGCAUCGACUCUAUCUCCAGUUCACUUUCUAUUAAAAACCUGUCACCCCUCGCUGUAAUUUGGUCUUAAAAUGUUUGUAUUAACCCACUCUGCAUGAUCCUGGAGUUUUUAUUUCACUAUUUUUUCUAUGAUUCAAGAUAUGAACAUCAAUAACCAAAAUCUCCUGACUAUUGCAAAGAAAUUGCACACGUGAUAAAUAUACUGAGCCCCAAAAGAUACAGUAUCAUAUGUUCAACGAUAUGAUGAUAUUGUAAUUAUCGUGACAGACCUAGGUUAGAUUACUUGUUAUUUCAACAAAGUUAUCAAUUAUAUUUAAAAUCUUACAAAAAAUCUGCUCUAGUAGAUCUAAUCUGUACUGAAAGUUUGAAUUGUAGGUAUCUGUACUUUACUUAUAUUACAUUUACAUACAUUUUAAAUUGGAUACUUUUCACUUUUACUUUACUACAUUUGAGAACAAAUAUCUGUACUUUCUACUCCACUACAUUUUGAACAGGACUGAAAAGUAAAAGUAUUUUUAGUGUUAUGUGACAUCUGCUGAAAAGUGUGAAGGGUUUAUUUUUAACAUGUUUAUAAUUUAACAAAAACAGAAAUAAAAACAGCAAAAAAAAAUCUGUUGUUUCUAUUGAACAAAAUUUUGCACAAAUCUUUAGCAAAAUGUCUUGAAUCUGAGUACCUCGCAGUAAAGAGACUAAGCUCACACUGAUAUUGAAGUAUUCAGACCUUUUGUUUGUUUGUUUUUUAUUGAUUUUUUUUUUUUUUUAUUGAUUUUUUUUAUCUUGAGUAUCACUGCUUUCUGAACACACCUCGUGGACAUCCUCAUUGUAUGAAUGGAAGAGUGAACGUGUUGUCAUUAAUAAACUGUAAUAAUUGUAAUAUUUGCCUUUUGUAUUUAAAUGCACAUGUUGUUGCUGGACUGCCUUGUUUUAAGCUGUAGACAUUUUCUCAUGUUCUUCUAUUGCUGUAAUUUUGUGUGGCCUUUUCAAGUUUCAGAUAGGUCUAGAAAAACGAUUGUGUUUUUAAAAUGCUUUUCAUAUCAUAUCUUUUUAUAUUAGUAACGCUAACUUUUUUACUUUUUUCAAACUGUUGCCUUUUUCGCAUUCACUGAAUAGUAGCUGUACAUUCAUAAGAAACCUCUCCUCUUCUGUCUUCCUCUUAGCGCUCCAUAGCAUUACAAAGAACUAUUUACCUAGAUACAUUGCCUAUAAUGUUAGUGAAUGUGGCAGUAUUUUCAAAAACAAUAAUCUUUGGUAGUCGUGUAUUUAUAUUUUGAACCCAAUUUAAGAUUUCAUUGUAUUACAAUUUUUAAGUCUUUACAUGAAGCCAAAUCUGAAACGCAACACACAUGCAACUGUGUAAUAAUCACAAUUUCAGUUGAAUUUGGAAACUGUUUAACAUUUUUGAGAUAAUCAGAAACUGUACAAUAUUCUAGGGACUGUUUUGGGAAGGGGUUAACAGCGAAAUCUUGCAAAUAAAUAAUCAAGCAACUGUUUUAAAUUUGUAUGUU